AUGCAAGUUGAGGAUUUGUGGGGGAACGGAUCUGAGUGGAUUGAGGUUUGUUGCUUUAGACUAUAACUGUUCAUUGAUCAGCAAAAACCACAUCUUUUCAGUAACAAAGGUAAGACGCUCACAUGUAAAUUUUGAUUUUACUAAUGUGGUUCGUCAUUUUAGACGUGUUUCUACUAGGAUACGUGAGUUUUUGCCAUCUGGGAACAGAACAGUAAAGUUGUAGUUAACACAGAUUUUUGAUACUUGUCAGUAAUUUCUCAUCAUAAGUUGAUAAAUUGUUAUCUUGAGUGCACAAUUUUAUUUUUUUCAAUGCAACAAGUACUGGACUUGUGGUGAGUAACAGCAUCCAAGAUUAGGAGGAGGAUUUCUUAUCUUUAUAGGGUGCACAUUUACCAAAUGAAUGAUGAAGAGUCACUCUUUUUUGCUGGGUAAUGAAGGUUUUCUACUCUUAAGAAUAACAUUUGGAGAAUUAACAACUAAGACUGGCACUAUUUGGUUACAUGAAACACAACCAGAUAGAAAUCAAGACUAAUCAUCUUUGGGGAUUUUUCUCUUAAGUAAUAUUUAGAUUUAAACAAACAGGGAAACUAAUAGCCUGCGUUGUUUUCCAUCAAUAGAAAUAGAAAUAUUCGGCCAAAUAUGGGCUACACAGUGGUGGGAGGGAGCACACUGUGAGGUAAAAAAACAUUUGGAGUCAAUGUUCAAGACCCCCUCUUGACGGUAACUCUCCUUUUGAUCUGUUGUUACCCUUCCUUUUUAUCUCUGCUGCUGAUUAUUUGUGCCUACACAUCAGUGUUACUGGCAUGUAUUGCUGGAACUAAACAUUAUGGUACAUGGGUGGGUGUUUUUUUCCUGUUAAAGAUGAAGUGCUUUUUUGGCACAGUGGUGUAGACUUUGUGCAAAACUAAAUGAAAUCUCCUCUCAUCCUCCGCCUUUAAUGAUUGAUCAAAAUGUCAACAUGGAUCCAGGUUGCAGUUCAAGUCCAGGCAGCUCGUUUUAACAAUUACUGAAUCUGUACAUCGGCGUCUAUCCUUCGCAAGUUUCUGAUUUAGUAAUUUUCUUCUUUUGAAUUUUAGUUCACUAACGUAGCAGCUGAGGAUUGCUGUAUUUAAGAGGUAAGCGAGCAUACUCUCAUUUAAUUUUUUGGCAGAUUUUGGUGACAAUGUUAGAUUAUGUAAGGUUUACAUGAGGCAAUAUUGUAAUUUUAGUUUUACAAAGACACAAUCUUUACAAUUUUUUUUUGUCUGUCCCUUUUCAGCGUUUGAUCCACUUUGAUGCCACAUUAUGAUUUUAAUCCCAUCAGAAAAAUUACGUUCACUUUUGUAUCUGUCCAUUUGUGAGUAUCUGUUUUUUUUUUUUUCUCAAUUUAUUUUGUCCCUCUGUCUUGAUAUUACUUCAUUAUACUUGCAUAAAAUGAAAAAUAUGUAGUACAAAGGAGGUUUUUAAGUCUUACAGCUGAUAAACAUUUCAAUUCCUUAAAAUAUUCCACCUUUAAAAAUGUUUGAUUUCAUUUCUGGAAAGUUUUUUUUUUUUUUUAAAGAAAGCUGAACUGCUUGUUUCUCUUGUAGGUCUACUGAGUCUACCACUGCUGACAGGUCAGUCACUUUUAUAUUUAAUACCUUGAAAUCUGUGCAUUACACUGAAACAUUUGAAUUGUUACACCCUGAUCUUUAUUGAAGUUUUGACAGCUGUUGUGCUCAUGUUGAACCUCCAGAAUGUGAUAAAAUCCGGCUGGUUGGGCCAUCACGUUGCUCUGGCAGAGUGGAAAUCUAUCACAGGGACAGCUGGGGAACAGUGUGUGAUGAUCAGUGGAGUAUUGUCAGUGCUGAGGUAGUGUGUCGAGAGUUAGACUGUGGAACAGUUCUCGAAGCCAAGAAAAAUGCCUUCUUCGGGGAGGGAAAGAAUGAGAUCUGGUUGGAUGAUGUGCAGUGUACCGGUCAGGAGGCAUCCAUCCUCAAGUGUUCACACAGACCCAUCGGGGAAAAUAACUGCGGCCAUGGUGAAGAUGCUGGGGUCAUCUGUUCAGGUAAGACAGACGAGAAAUCAGUGCUUGACUUGCCGGCUUGACGUCAAAUUUGUUACAAAUGUUUUUUGUUAGUAUUAAAGCUCCUGUGAAGAACUUUCAUGUUUGUACUUACUAUGGCACCCCCUGUGGGUAAAGUGGUAAUUUUUUCAUAGUCUGUUAUUUAUGAGGCAGAUAGCUGAAAGAAUCCAAACACCUACAUCCGAUGCUUUUAAAUUCAAAAGCCAAAAACAUCAAUUUCUCUCAAAAACAUACUGCAAGUUCCUGACUAACAGAAAGAGUCAUCCUUGUGGCGGGAAAUUGUCAUAAGAAAUUGGGAAGUUCAAAGAAAAUCAGCUAACACAGCAUAUUUCUCAUCAGCUCAUUGCAUCUAUCGUUAAAAAAGGGACAUGAUCACCAGUUCACCAGUGGUCAUCUUUAUCUGAGAUGAUCGCAGCUGUUGUUGGCAUUGCUGUUGCAGCAGCGACACAACAGCCAUAACAGCAUGACCGGCAUGCUGGCAAUGUAAAGUACCAAAAAUACGUAUGUCACUAGUUUGUCCCUUCUGUCCUACAGUAGAAAGAUAAUUGUGCAACAUGUUGAUCUUUGAGGACACACUGCUGUUAAAGGCUCAGUCAACAAAAACAAAAGGAUUUUACUUUUACGCAAAUGUAUCAAUAUUUUUUAAUGUUAUCUUCCAUUCGUACACAUUUUUAAACAUUUUUAUCUGCAGUUCAAAUGUAAACAGACAAAAGGCAUUUGUAUUUGCUCAGUCUUGCUCAGGUGAUGGAUAAAAGAAGAAUAUGAAUACCCACUGUCUUAUUGACCUAGCAGUGUUGUUUGUCAAUGAGACUUCAAAGAUUUCUGAAAAAGUUACAAACUCAAUAUGAAUUUAUGCAUCAAUAAGAUUUGAGCACUUUUAUGUAUCAGAUUCCAUAAUUACAUUCAGUUAACAUGAUUAAUUUGACACUUUAAAAUGUUUGUGUGUCUCUGCACUUCUUCAGAUCACGUUAAAACUGUAAACGGAAGCAACCGCUGUAAUGGCAAAGUGGAAGUCUACCAUGAUGGUCGCUGGAACAGAGUGUGCAACACUGACUGGAACAUGCAGCAAGCCGAAGUCCUGUGCCGAGAGAUAAAUUGUGGCACUCCUCUCCCGCAGGCAGAGGUGCCUCCUUUAGGAGAGCAAAACAUCUUUGGUGGGCUGAAAACCAGCUGUUUUGGAAAUGAGAGCUCGGUUUCUGAGUGCAGUCUGCAAGAUAUUAAGGAAAACUGCGUUGAUGCUACAACUUUUUGUACACGUAAGUCACCUGUAAUUUUAAACUACAUAAAAAAAAAACUCACUUUGUUUUAUUAUCUGCUGGUUUUCAUAUCUUCUAAGUUUUCUUUUUUCCAAUCUGACAGACAGCAAGCCAAUCCGCCUGAUGAAUGGGACUAACCGCUGCAAUGGUCGUGUGGAGCUCUACCAUGAUGGACAGUGGGGGACAGUAUGCGAUGACAGAUGGGGCAUGCAGGAAGCAGCUGUGGCAUGUCGGGAGAUGAACUGUGGGAAUGCCCUCUCAGUGAGGUACAAAGCCUUCUAUGGCACAGGCACUGAUCAGGUUUGGCUGGACGAUGUUGAGUGCACCGGUUACGAGAAGUCCCUUGGUGACUGCCCACACAGAGGUUUUGGACAACAUGACUGUGAUCACAGUGAAGAUGCUGGAGUUGAAUGCUCAGGUAUCACACACUUAACUGUUGGCCCCAUAUAUAGACUGUAUAUGCAUGUGAAAACAAUCUUUUAAAAAAAAGAAACUGGCAUAAUGUUCAGUAUUUCUUACACCAAAAGAAGAACCACAGGUUUUAUUUUUCAGUCAUGCACUUUGGCCUGCAAGCAAUCCUUGCUGUUGACAUGUGGAUGCUACAUUGUGAUAUGACUUGUCAACAUGUGCUAAUGUUUACUGUGGAAGAGUCCUGCUCCCUUUCACUUCCUGUUUAUUCUGGAUUUCCACUUUUACAGAAAAAAAUAUUUCCACAUCUCUACAGAGUUAGAAAAUCAUUCUGCAGCAUGUCACAAUCAUGUGGUUCCUCUUUCUGUGUUUGUUCUUUGACACAAAAUCCUUUACUGUGCUUUGUAAGCAGUCCAGUGGGCCUCUCCUUGGUGUCAGCUAUUCUUGAAAAGCUUAUAUCGAUGCUGAUGCACAACUAUGUCCUUGCACAUUUAAAAUCUUUGUAUCUUUUGCCACUUUCUCCUUCCAGAGACUGUCAGAUUGACCAAUGGGACUAACGCCUGUUCUGGCAAACUAGAGGUCUACUACAAUGGCCAUUGGGGGAAAAUGUGUUCAAACUACUGGUCCCAGGAGGAAGCUGCCGUGGUGUGCAAAGAAAUAAGUUGUGGAGCUCCAAAGAAAGACCAACAAACUUUUCACUUUGGCGAAAGCAGACUAGGAGGGUUGACAGCGAGAUGCUCUGGCAAUGUGAGCUCCAUUACCCAGUGUGGGAUUCGCGAGUUCACCGGGAGAUGUGAUGGUGUUUCUCUUGCUUGUGAAGGUAAGACACAAAAGCCGAUGGAAGGAAAAUGUAUCCUGGAUAGGGAUGGGAACUAAGUAUUCUUUCAACUUGAUACAAAGUACAUUGAUUUGUUUGAGAGUCCAUACAACUGCUAUACUAAAGUGGUGCUAGGUCUUACUUUGAGUGAACCUUUCUGCAGGUAGUCCACAGCUCAGGCUGGUCAAUGGCACUGACCGUUGCUCAGGUAGAGUGGAGGUCCUGCAUGAUGGCCAGUGGGGAACAGUGUGUGAUGAUGAGUGGGACAUCAGAGAUGCUCAGGUGGUGUGCAGAGCCAUGGACUGUGGAACAGCUCAGACAGCCAAGUCCGGAGCCUUUUUUGGUCAAGGACAAGGAGGCAUCUGGCUGGAUGAUGUUGGUUGUGUUGGUAAUGAAACAUCUCUGUUGCACUGCCGCCAUCCAACUCUUGGAGAAAAUAACUGUGGACAUGCUGAAGAUGCUGGCGUUGUAUGCUCAGGUAUCUUUGCUUUUAUCCAUCCGCCACAUGCAUCUUUCAAACAUGUCUGAACACAUACCAACUCACUGCUGACCCUCUGCCUUUGCUUCUCAGCUACUAUAAGACUGAUCAACGGGACCAACCAGUGCUCAGGCAGGGUGGAGUUACAUGACGGUGUCCGCUGGUCACCUGCGUUUUAUAUCAACUGGGGGAUGAGUGAAGCUGAAGUGGUGUGCAGAAUGAUGGACUGUGGAGAUCCUGUAAAGGUCUCAGGAUCAUUUGGGCGUGGCAAAGAAACAAGAGGAUAUAAGAUCACCUGUAAUGGUAGAGAGAGCUCUCUCUCUCAGUGCAACAUGAGAGCAUAUGUCAGGACCAGUAGUGACCGUGUUGAAGAGGCAGGUGUUGAAUGUUCAGGUAAGACUUUAAUGCAAGUAUCUUGCAUCUUCACCAAUCUGCGCCUCUCUUAGGUUUUUCUUUUUGUGAAGAUUUCAUGUUUUUACACAGACCUUAAAAAAAGUCCUUCACAACCUGCCUUUUCUGCCUCUCCAGUAAAAUUCAAUAGCUUGUACCAUGGCCAAAAUGUGGAAAUGGUAUAGCUUCUUGUCAUGUGGCACUGAACUCAAAAACUCUGGUAUAAAAAGCAGGAAAUUACUACUGGAUUUGCAAUGAAAAAGCCAGACUAUAAACUUGGAGUCUGCAGUCCUUUCCUCUGCAAUGCCCACAGUAGGGUAACCAUACGUCCCCUUUUACCCGGACAUGUCCUCUUUUUUGGGGGGCUGUCCGGCUUUGUCCGGGGAAGUUUAUAAAAUACUUCAAAUGUCCGGGGUUUGUAUGGAAGUUUUGAGUUUGUGUCGCAUGGACUUACCGAGCACGUUAAAGACACUCGAUACAACCUGAAAAACUCAAAAUUAACUUUGUGCGAUUCUGUGACUCUGCCCCCGUGCAGUCGUGUGCUCUUUUUGGGGAUUCAGAAUAGGGUCACCCUAACCCACAGUCAGUGUUGACAUCUCUAGGAACUGUUAUCAAGUUACAUAGCUAAAGCUAAAAUUGGAUACAGGGAGAUGCAGAAAGAGACAGACGGACAGGGACACAAAAACUAGGAUCAUGUUCUGUACAUUUAUAAAACAACUUUGAUUUCCAGGUAAUGUAAGGUUGGCUGGUGGUAACAAUCAUUGUGUUGGAAGAGUGGAGUACUACAACAAAGGCCAGUGGGGAACUGUGUGUGGUGAAGCCUGGGAUAUAAGUGAUGCCACAGUGGUGUGCAGACAGCUGGAUUGUGGAAGGGCUCAUAAGAUAAGCACCACAGAUGAGCGCAGCCGAGACACUGGACAAACAUGGAUCGAUCGAAUUGAAUGCAAUGGAAUGGAGUCAACCCUGACCCAAUGCAGGCAGAGUCCAUUUAGAGACAGAACCUGCAACAUCUCCUCUGUGGCUGGUGUUAUCUGCACUGGUAAGAACAAGUAUUUCCAAAAAAUCAGUCAUAUAUCUGUAUGCAUUCAUUAAUGAAUCUCAUAUUGCACAAAACCAAGAAGAGUCUACCUUGUAGUCAUUAUUGACUUGUUAAAAAAAUAUAUAUAUAAUUCUACUGAAUGUUGACAACAAAGUUUUUGAUUGUGCUUAAUCAAUUUAGGAGGUAUGGAGGUCCGUUUAGCCAAUGGUAAGGAUGAAUGCUCUGGCAGAGUAGAGGUCCGUCAUGGCGAGGAGUGGUAUACGGUGUGCGACACUGAGUGGAGCCACAGUAAAGCCGGAGUGGUGUGUGCUCAGCUGGAAUGUGGAGAGCCAGUCAGUGCCCCCGUCGGUGCCCAGUUUGGCCAAGGAAAUGGAUCGGUGGUGGAGGCCAGCGAUUCAUGCUUCCGCAAUGUUUCAGAUCUUCAGCAAUGCUCACUCAGAGGUUUCAGUAGCUCGACGUGUGGGCAUGAAAAAGAUGUUGGUGCUGUCUGUGCAGGUAACAAACUCUCAAUUCUUUGUUCACACUAUGAAUCUGAGUAUUUGCUUUACCAAGCCGUGGCAUCUGACUUCUGAGGUAAAUGGAAAGCAGCAUAAAACAGCAUGUGAUAAAAAUAGUGGUUCAAGCAGUACUUGCUUUCUCAGUAUCAAAAUGCUCUAGGAUUGAUAUUCAUUUUGUUUUUAAUUAUCAAAGAUGUCAUCUUCUACCUUUUGACACUUCCUUUUUAAUUUCUUGUUUCACAUGCAGCGCAGCUUCGGUUGGUUGGCGGCUCAGGUCCAUGCUCUGGUAGAGUGGAGGUCCACUACAAAGGCGAGUGGGGGACUGUGUGUGAUGAUGAAUGGGAACUGCCGAAUGCUGAUGUGGUGUGUAAACAGCUUGGCUGCGGUCAUGCAGUUUCUGCUCCUACAAGUGCCCAUUUUGGGAGAGGCAGUGGUCCAAUAUGGCUGGAUAACGUGAGGUGUAGUGGUGAUGAGUCUGCGCUUACACAAUGUGAGCAUCCUGACUUUGGAGAAAAUAACUGUGGGCAUGGAGAAGAUGCUGGUGUGGUCUGUAUAGGUAAGGUGUCUUGUGUGUAAAGAUUGCUGUAGAUAAGAGGUUGCCUAAACUGAAAGAAUUUACAGAAAUAUUUAAUAUCUUUCAGGUGCUCUGAAUAAGCCUCAGCUGACUUUAAGUCCUGGACCUGUGGUAAACUGGGGAGAGAGAGUUGAAAUCACCUGCACUGUAUUAACAGAACACUUGGGUGGGACAUUCAUCCUGAAAAGGUUACCAGGAACAUUUAAAAUGGAGAAAUACUCUGAGAAUGAAGCAGCAACCUUUGUUUUCCCUACGGUGGACUUCACCGAAAAGGGGUCAUAUUUCUGUGAAUAUCAAAAGAGACUGCCAAACCAAGUCAUCAAUUAUCCUCAAGGAAACAUUGCUGAGCUCUCUGUCACAGGUGAAUCAUUUUUUUCUUUACAACCAUCAAAACUUUUUAAGUUUUCCGAUCAGAAAUGACAAGUUCUGUCUCCUGUUUGCAGUGAAACUGGAGACUCCCAGCAUCUCCUUGUCAUCGCCUCACUCCAUGGUGAUCUACAGCCCUGACAAAAUAUCAGUCAAAGAAGGCAGUGCCUUCUCUAUCACUUGCUCCACUCAUUCCAGAUAUCCUGGGGGUUACUUUUAUCUGACAAGGUCCAACGAGAGCACCACUGAUGCCAAACCAGCUUUUGGUCACUCUAUCUUCUACUUGGCUUACUUUGAAUUCCCAGCUAUUGAUUCCAAACACCAAGGAGACUACACAUGUGUCUACGGGGUCAACAUCUCUUCCAAACCCUUCUGUUCAGUUCCUUCAAAGACACUACAAGUCACUAUAACCGGUAAGACCCAAAGACAUUUGUUUAUUUAUUUGCUAUUCUUCAGAUAUUCUCUAACUUACUAACUUGACUCCAUGACCUCCAUCCAUACAGCGGCUUCAUCCUCUUCGAUUGUCACAGGAGUUGUGGUAGGGCUUAUGCUGGUGCUGAUUGUGGUGGUUUUAGGUUACUUUCUCUGGAGAAGAAGAUGGCGGGUAACUGGUAAGUGGAAGAAAUUCAGCUUUUAUAUCCCAAUAUUGACGAAAAUUUUGACUCUCACUCUUAUUUCAAAUAUUGUUUCUGGAGACUUUAAGAGCUCUACAUGACGAGAUUUUUAUUUUUCCCAAAUUGUAAACAUCCUGACUGUAUUCACAGGAUAUGUGUUUUUUUUUUUCAGUUUAAACAGCAAGAUUAUUUUUUUAAAGAAUCCCACUUUAAAAUGUAAAGUUUUAUAAGUUUGUAACCACAAAAAAUGUUUUUAUUUUUUUUAAUAAAAGAAUGGCCAAAAUACAACAGCAAUUUACAGUUAUUUUUAUGUUUGAGCCCUGAGAGGAAGAUUUUCAGUGAAGAGGAUGUGAAGUUAUCCAAAGGGAAUACAUUUUUAUUGAAAAUAGCUCCAUAACAAAUCAUUGCUAAAAUUGCUUCUUGCAAGUAAUCACUACCACGUGUGUUAUAGCUUUUUAUGCUGCCUGGAAGUUAAAAAAAAAAAAAAACAGGCCAGUUUUGAUUGAUGUUUGCUGUAUUUAGUUUGGCCUUUCUCCUCCUUUCUGAGAGUUUUGACUGCUGCUCUGUAUUUUAACUUUUCAGAUACCUUGGUGCAGUUCAGCAACCGGUUUGGAGGAGCGCUAAAACAAGAUGCCGAUGACAGAGUUAAUGGAGCAUAUGAUGGAAGGUAGGGGGAAAAAAGACAAAAUAACACCAAAACAAAUAUAUAUUUGCAGAAUUUUGGACAUUUUGGAUCAAACAACCUAACAUUAUGCCUUGUAAUUCACUUGAUUUACUCGGUAAAUUUAGCUCAAAAGUGAAAGUUGUACUUAAGGUUUUCCAAACUAAAAAUCAUAUUAAUUAAGAGUAUCUGAUUACGUUUGUCAUUUGAAAACUAAACUAAACUGAACUAUAAACUCUGCAAAAGACAACUGAAUAAAAGAUGUGAAAGCCUUCUUUCAAUGUAAAACAACAAAGUGCCUUUUUUGCAAAAUUUUAAAGUUAUAAUGCAACUCAUGCUAGGUCUCAGAUAUUUCCUGGCUAAUAUAACAUCAUAUAACUUCAGCUAAGAGUUUACACUUUAUUUAUAAUGAGCAAUAGCAAUAUACUACCAAAGAGCAACACAAAAUUUCAACCACUGCUUGGCUAACUUUAAUAGGCUAAAAAGUGGUUAAAUGCUAGCGAGUAGAUUUUACCUAUUUCAAAGUAUUAGCUUGACAUAUGCCCAACUUUCCCUCCAGUUGCUUUCAAACUUUCCAUCCCAUACCUGAUAUCAGAUGAAAAGAGCUGCUGCAUGAGCUUGUUCAUUGCCAACUUUUUUCUCCCUUAAAACCCGCAACAUUCAAGUGAAUGAACAAGCACUGAGUCUGAGUCUUUUAAAUUCUUUUAUUUUUUCUGGUUCCUGGUUGCAUGAUGAGAUGACUUAUCAGAUACUUUAUUUUUUUAUACUCAGUACACCACAGACAACACUGUGUGACAAUGCCAGCUUUCAAACUUUCUAUCCCAUACAUCACAGGUGUCCUGGCCCGUGGAAAAGUUAUAUCUGGCCCACGAGAUCAUAUCAUAUUUUUAUCAUUACUUGCCCACUCAUAUGAGGUCUGGAGAUUUCAUCAAGGAUAAUAAUGUUAAUUUUAGCACCAUUAUUUAAAGUAUCCUUAAUAAACCAUGGAAAUCUGGGAAAGUACAGAGUAAGGAAGGUUUGAUAAAUAGUCAAGAAUGUGGGGAAAAAUUUGUUUUUUAUCCACAUUUCCAUUUUUGCAUCUCAAGAUUAAAAGUCAAACAUAAUUUUACUUUUUAUUUUGUGCUUUGUUUUUUUUUUCAACUCAGUAUUUAGAUUUAUGUCAUUUUAAUCCUUUAGAUUCCAAUUUAAAAUUUUGAGUCAAAUUUUGACUUCAAACUCGAUUUCAAAAUGAUCUCAUAUUUUGACCUUUAAAACUUAUGAGUUAAAAUUUCUUCUCAUGUAUUUGCUCUAUUUUUAGUAUCGUGUUCUGAUCUUUUGAACUAAUCUAUUGGAUUUUUUUUUUAAUCUCAGAUUGCCUUUAAAUUUAUCUUUUUUACUUUUUGAAUUUCAAAGUGGUUUAUAAUCAUUGCUGAUAUUGUUAUAUAUUUUAUGGCCCUUGCUGUGGUUGAGUUUGACAUCCCUGCCAUACCCAAUAUCAGAUGAAAAUAGCUGCUGUAUGAACAUGUUCAUUGCUGACUUUUUUUCCCCUUAGAACCCGCAACAUCCAAGUGAAUGAACAAGCACUGAGUCCCGUCCCAGAGGAAAAGACUGCAGAGGUUGAAAACUCUGUUGAGAGGGCCCCUGAAGACUUGGCGGGGAGAGUUUGUUAUGAGCUUGAACCCCUUGUUUUCCCAUGAUAGCUGAAUGACCAGAGUGCUAUACCACUCAACUUCACUUAAAGCAGGAGUUGUUACCUGUUUAUGAAACAAACUGAAAUGAACAGGAAUGUCUCUUAAUUGCCUGUAAAAGCAAACUAGACCAUUAGCAAUACCACUGAAAAUUUCUACUUUGUGACUUUUUAUGUAAGCAGCUGCUGUUAGGGGGUAGGUGUCAGACAAGGCUUAUUUGACUUCUUCCAUGGCCAAUACUCAAAACAUGUGAAAUAUGUGAGCGUUAAAAUACAUGUGCAUGACGAGAGAUACAAGAGGUAUCACUUUAUCCACAGGGGGCACCAAAGUCAACACAAACAGAAAGUUCCUUACAGGAGCUUUAAUGUUAAUAGAGACAUAACCCCCCGCCCACCCCCCUCCCCCAUACUCAUUACUGGGUAGCUUUUUAUUUCUCUGAGAGGCUCUACCAAUCACAAAACAAGUCCACUGAUAUGUUGGAAAAGAAUGAUUCUGCUGACUUUGUAUUGCAUGUUAAUUGCCUUUUUUUUAGCAAAUGUGAGUGCUCUUCAAUAAAGUUGUAUUUCCUACA